UUCUCAGCUGCUGCAUCUUUACCUUUAUCUUCUGGAGCAGCAGCAUUUUCAUUUGGACUUUCUGAGAACAAAGUGAGAAUCUGUCCACCCCAUCCUGUCAUAAUUUCUAACCAUGUUUGUGUUUGAACAGUGGCAACGGCGGCAUUGGCUUUGGCUUUACCAUUGGCAGCAGUUGCGGUGACAGCUCGGCCUUUCUUUUUCUUGUGCCAACAAAGUCCUCCGAAACAUGUAAGCAAUGCAAUUGGCACCACUACUCCAGCUAUCCAGGCCUGACUCUUUUUCUUACCAGUCCGAGGUGGAGGCGAUCUGGGAGAAACACGCUGGCGCGGUGGACUGGGAACUCCUGUAUCCGUGUCCGGGGAAGGGCCACUAGGCGUAUCUCUAUCAGCGGGAGGGAUCCAUCAUCUUCUAGAGGUGGUGGCGGAUUCCUGCGGCUUGGAGGAGAUGGCGACGACGGACAAUUGCUCUGGCAGUUGCCUUCGCCACAGAAAGUGUCUCCAGUACCACAAAAGCCGAGUAAGUUGCAACACUGUCCAGAGCCACAGUCGGCCCCCCUGGCCUGAACACCGCACUCCGGAAUCGGGCACUGGAGCACGCACGAGCCGGAGUCGCAGAAUCCAACUCCGGUGCCACACUGUCCAACAAAGUUACAGCAGCUGCCUUGGGGACACGCGACGCCUAGUAUGCAAUUGGUCUGAGCAACAAUGCCAACCUCGGAGAUUUUGGUACUAAGAAUCCUGCCCUUCUUUCAGUAUGGAACCUUCGUGGUGAUGUUCCAUUUUCUUCGUUAUGUCAUGCAGCCAGCUUUACAUUCUUGCACCAGGGACAUUGUCGUGACCAUUUGCAGCGGCAGCUUGAUUCCUCCCUCCCAUACAUGAAAAGCUCGCACAGAGACUCCCGGAAAAGAGCCUAGAAAAUGUAGUUCCAGUGCCGCAAAAAGACGGAAGUAUGUUUGCAACGCUCCGUGUGGCAUGGACAUCACACUCGAAAGUCGGAGAAUCGAGCUCCAGCAGUGCCGCAUUGAUGAAGUUACAGCGGGAGAACGGUAUCGAGCUGAGUAGCAACGCCGCCAUGAAUCCACAGGUCGAUGAUGAUCGUCGUCAGUGGUGGAACCAUCUUCGUUUCGGCAAGAAGAGCGCUCGCCGAGAAAGAUAGCAUGGCUUAUAGAACUUUUAAAUCGGAUAGCGCGGGAAGAGGAGGGGCUAAACCCUAUUCGAGAAUAUGCUCGUAGUGUGUGGCUUUUUCUAGGUCACCCAUGGAGGAGGCUGACUACGAUGUGGAGAUCGAGAAUGGCGCGGGCGUGGAGAUGGCGGUGGACGAGGAUUUCGAGGAUCUCUACGACGACGUGAAUGUAGGGUUCUUCCCGGCGCCCGAGGAGCAGGAGCCUCCGCCCAAAGGUGAGCCCCAGCAGGAGGAUCAUCCGCCCCAGCAGCAGCCCCAGCCAAGCACCCAGCCGCAAGGAGGGUAUGAUUUCUACGAUGACGAUCCGAUCAAGCAGCCGGAGCCCCAGAAUGCGGUGGCGGCUCCAUCGCAGAUCAAGCAGCCGCCGCCGCAGGAAGCGAGGAUUCCUUCGCCAUCGCCAGUGAGUUUCAAGGCGGCGGCGGCGGCGGCGGCGGCGCCACAGCAAGAGCAGCAGCUAGAUGAGCCCGCCGCGAGGCCGAAUUUCGCCGCGCAAGCAUCGGCAGCGCCAGUGCCGCCCCCUCGAUCGUCGUCGGCCGCGUCUCAGGACGGGGGGAGGACUUCCAUCGUCAUAUCCGAGCUCCAGUGGUGGACGACCGACGCGGAGCUGGAGGGCGCGCUCGCGGAGUUUGGCAAGAUCAAAGGGAUCAAGUUCUUCGAGGAGAGGGCCAGCGGCAAAUCCAAGGGGCUCUGCCAGGUGGAUUUCUUCGAGCCUCUCCCGGCGCAGCUGUGCAAGGAGAACUUACAUGGCCGCGUUUUCAAUGGGCGACCUUGCGUCGUCGCCUACGCUACUCCCCAGAUUCUCAAGCAAAUGAAUAUGAAGAUGGGGCAAGGCGGCGGUGGCGGAGGCCCGCUCUCUAAUCCUUCGCAGCCUGGUGGUGGUGGUGGUGGCUACAACGCUCCCAGCCAGCCAAAUCAAAUGGGAAAGAAGUCCUCAUCGGGCCGUGGGAGAGGACGAGGACGAGGAGGGGGAGGAGGCGACCAGUUUGGCCGAGGCGGAGGCAGCGACCAGUUCGGACAACUCCCCAUGAUGGGGGGCCCGUAUGAUCCCUCCUUCGGGCCCCCGAUGCGGCCGGGCAUGUACGGCAUGGGUGGCUUCAUGCGUGGGGGCUAUCCAAUGCCAUUUCCUGGCGUUCCUCCUCACGUUAAUCCAGCGUUUUUUGGCCGGGGGAUGGGGAGUAGCGGGGGUGGCGACCACUCUCGGGGCUGGGGCGUUGGAAUGCAGGGGUCCGGUUGGAACGGUGGCGAAGAAGGCGGCGAGAGGUUUGAGGAGGAGACAGGGGACGACGAUGGUGGUGGUGGCGGUGGCGGCGGAGAAAGUGGCAAGCCGAGCUCGAGAGAUCAAGAUAGCCGGCGGCGGAAGGAGGACGAUUCCAGGGACAGGAGCAGCAGGGACUCGAAAGAUCGCGAUUACAGGGACAGGGACAGGGACAGGGACAGGGAAAGAGAGAGAGAGCGGGGGUGGGACGAGGAGUCUUACAGCAACAAGAGGCGGCAUUCAAGCAGGAGCGAGCACUGAAGUGACUCAUUCUCAACUGCGUUUUUGGCAAGCGCGGUGAGUGAAGCUAUUCAAGUUCAUGUAUUAUUGUGAAGCUUUUUGACGUUGAUCAUUGAGUUUUCUCACUUGUCUUUCAAGAUCACCGCACUAGAGCAGCCAACAUGAUGGAAAAACAGAGGAUAAAUCAAAGCUUUGCAUGCAAAACAGUCACUUAUUUCUUCUUUUUAAUAAAGCUAGUUGGAUAGGAAAAGAUUAGGUUUUGCUUUUCUUC